GUGAGCUGUGAUUGGUCACAGCUUGUCACAUGGUGCAAGGCUGUUGUGAAUAGCCCUGUACCAUGUGAUCUCUGUGAUCAUUCACAGAUUUCAUACGUAGUAAGCAAUGAUGUCAGAAGUGAUAUCUUGCUUACUACUCUGCAUGUGAUCACUGAUUGGCCAAUCAGUGAUCACAUGAUCGGGACCUCGCACAGAGGUCCCGUACGACGAUCGGUGUUCCACUGUGUCCUUCGGACACAGCGGGCACCGGAUCACGGUGCUGCGUUAUCCCAGGGAGCGCGCACAUGCAGGGGCGGGUGGCCGUUUAUA